UUACCUCGGUUAGAAACACCUGAAGCGUAGGUGCGUAUAUUCAUCGGUCGGAAGAAGAAAUCGAGGCAGUAGAAGUGUAUUACUUCGGUCAAGGGUAUAACUCAGGCAUGUUCAAUAUUUCUACUGCCCGAAGCAAGUUACCCUAGCCUACUGUUGCACUGUUCUCUGCAUCCAAGCGAAAAGUUAUGCAUUGUUCUUCUCUCUCGCUGCAUCCAAGCAAAAAGUUCUCCGCUCCAUCAUCGUCUCCACCACAGGGUCGUCGAUAGGUUGUCGUCGCCGCUUUCUCGCAUUGCUUUCUCACCUAUUACUCGCGAAUCCAAUUUCCUCGUGACCUCCAAUCGUAAGCAUAUUUCCCACCUCUAUUAGGGUUCUCUUCGAAGGAUAUUUCCCCUUUUUCAUCUUUCAUGGCCAUCUUCACGAAGCUCCGCCGUCACGGAUGGCGGCCUGUCUACUGUCAUCGCUAAGCCCAACGACUAUAGCGGCGAGUUUGCGGCAAAGGAGGUUGGAGAUUUGUUCUUGGCAGCGAAGGAUUUGCGCUAGGGUACGAAGGAGGUAGAGAAAGGUUCGUUUUUGGAGGUGGAAAAGGACUUUGUGCGGCGUAGCUCCGGGAGGACGGGUGGGCGGAAGAGGACUUUAAGGGCGGCGGCGGCGGCGAUGGUGGAGGUUUACAGGCAGUGGCGGGGCUUCCUCUCCCAACUAUGGCGACGGGCGCGACAGCGGAGCUCUUGCAGCGGUUGCGCGCUCGCGGCAAAGGAGCAAUUUAGUGAUCCAUUUGUCUCGCGAUCUGUUGUCGUGGUGGCGCCUUCGUCGCAGUGAUUGUCCGGUGGUGCUGUAGGGAGAAAGCUGCGGUGCUGGUUGCAUCUGUAGGGGUCACGGCGGUGGCUCUACCCUUCAAAAUCGCUCGUUUAACAAAGUUUGAGUGAUGUAUUGUUGGGAUUUUUCCUGUUGGCAUCUUAGAGCUGAUAAAAUUGAUCUCAAGAGUUUGGAUGUCCAGCUUCUUUUAUUCUGGAUGAUUGUUUUCCACUUCUUGGAUGCCCAGUUUGGAUGCCCAGCUUCUUGUAUUUCCACUUCAUUUAUUUACUUUAUUCUGGAUGAUUUUUUUUCUUUUUUUGUCUAACAGGGUAUGAAUAAAUAUACGUAGUGUGGAGAAGCAUCUGGAGAACAAAGAUGUUGUAGUCCAUGGAAUUAUUUUUGGGACAGAAACAACAAGGUUGUGGUAAAGCUGCCACGUGUGUGGAGAAUUGAAAAUUGAAGUAUUCUGUAUAAGAAUUGUUUGUUAUCUUUAUUUAUUUUGUAUAUUAUUUCUCUGAUAAUUUGGUAGCAGUAUGUACAAGUACAACUAUAUAAUUGGCAUGUGAUUUGUUUCAUGCUGAAACAAAGUUUGGAUAUCUUCUGGAAGCACUUGACAUGGGAGCUCCACCACAUGGUGGCAUAGCUUAUGGUUUGAUUGUUCAUUGUUGCUUCUAACAUAUGAAAGGUUCAAUGAUAUUCUUGGAAGUGCAUAUUAUGUAGCUCCUGAAGUUUUGCAUAGAUCUUAUGGGACAGAAGCAGAUAUAUGGAGCAUUGGUGUAAUUGCUUAUAAUUUUUUAUGUGGAAGCCGACCCUUUUGGGCAAGGACAGAAUCUGGCAUAUUGCAGUCACAUUCAAGCUUAAUAUAAAUGCAGAAUCUGGCAUAUUGCAGUCACAUUCAAGCUUAAUAUAAAUACUGAUAGGAAUAAGAAAAGGUGGUUAGUGUAUGAGAGAAGGAAUAAGUGUAACUGACUAUAAUAAAUUAACUGUCUAGGACGGUUAAGGGAGGGAGCGUGUAAGAUUGUAUAAAUACUGGCUGGUUAGAAGAGUUAUGGGUUGUUGAUUGUUUAGAUUGUUAACGGGUACUUACCUAUUGAAGAGGGUUAUGCCUCUGGGUGCUGUUUGUACAAACCUUUUACUGUGAAUACAAUUGAUUUCUUCCAAUCUUUCUGUGUUUCUUGGAGUGAAAGUGAGAAUUGAUAUUAGGUUCCCAAGUCUGGAACCUAACAUUUGGUCCGACCUGCCGGAUCCCCAAUCGGAGUGUUAUCGCACGUAGAGAUGGAGGGAAGAAUGGUGGUAGGGCACUUAGAGGCGGUCGAAGUGGCAAUUACAGAGAUGAAAGCUGAUACGGGGGCGUUGCGACAAGAGACGGCGGCGAUACGCCAGGACGUCCAGGCAAUCUUGAAGGCGCUUGGAGAACGUCAUCGCAAUAACCACGGGAAGCAACAGGGGGAGAGUGAGUCAUCGGUGAACCAUAAUGGUGGUGGUCCAAGCGGCGGAGGGGGAAGAAAUGGAGACGGUAACCAAGGAGGUAUGAGCCAAUGGAGGAAACGAGUCGAAUUACCAGUCUUUGAGGGGGGCGAACCUUGGGUAUGGAUUGGCAGAGCAGAGAAGUUUUUCGAAGUACAGAAGGUGGCGGAGGAGGAGAAACUGGAACUGGCCUUUAUCAGUAUGGAUGGCUACGCCGGAAGCUGGUUCCGAUUCUGGCGAGAGAAAACCAAGAACCUUUCUUGGGAUGGGUUGAAGAGAGCUCUUGGUAUCCGUUUUGGAGGAGGAACACGAGGAACGGUGUAUGAAAGGCUGUCAACCAUUCGACAGUCGGGACCGGUGGAGGAGUACAUACGCGAUUUUGAAGUUCUGGUGGGGCAGACGACCUAGAUACUCGAGGAGCAGAUCAUGGGGUAUUUCCUGUCCGGUCUGAGGGAAGAGGUGGGCGAUCAUGUCCGGCCACAUGAUCCACCGGAUUUGAUGACCGCCAUGCGAGUGGCGAGGGAUGUGGAGAAAUUAUGCACGAAGACCGGAGGAGGGUGGUUAUCCAAGAAUCAGAAUUCUUGGGGGAAGGCGUCGGGUUCGGUGACGGUGCGAGGAGGAACGGCGGAAAGUGUGGGGUCUGUUAAUAAAGACGCGACACAGGGACGGAAUAAGGGGCUGGCUACCAGCGGCGGAGGUGAUCGGACUGUUCGCAAUCUACCUUACUCGGAGUAUCUUAAACGGAGGGAAGAGGGUCGUUGUUUCAGAUGCGGCGGACCCUUCAGCCCCGGCCAUCGCUGCCCAGAGAGGGGCCUCAAAAUGCUAAUUGUGGUUGAGGAAGAGGAAGAGGUCGAAGGCGAAGAAGUGUCGGAGACGAACCUUGCGACAAUGGAGUUGUCGGCACUGUCCCCCGGAGGGCUGACGACACCCAAGACAAUGAAGUUACGAGGACACAUCGGACAAAGAGAGGUAUUAAUUCUAAUUGAUAGUGGCGCGAGCCACAAUUUCAUUGAUCGACGGUUGGUGGAGGAACUGCGGAUGACGAUGACAAAAACACAGCCGUAUUUGGUGAGUCUGGGGGACGGGCAGAGGAAGAGAAUCAGUGGCUGUUGCGAAAAGGUAGCGUUGGAGAUAGGAGAGGCUCAAGUCGUGGAACGUUUUUACAUCUUCGAGCUUGGAGGGGUGGAGGUCAUCUUAGGGGUAGAGUGGCUAGCAAAGCUUGGGGAGGUGACGGUGGAUUAGAGAGUUUUAACGAUGAAGUACAGACAAGGAGAUAAGAGGAUAAUUGUACAAGGGGAUCCCACGUUAGAGAGGAGGGUGGUGGGCCCCGAAGCUUUAAAAAAAAUAGAUGAGGUGGCAACAUGUUUUUUGGUCUGGGAGUUGGGCUUGUGCGAGACCCAUACAAGCAGCCCAAAGUGUUCAGGCCUUACUGAAAAACAGAAGCAGCAGAUGGGGGGUUUACUAGAACAACAUGACGUGGUGUUCACGGAGCUUGAGGGGUUGCCACCUAGCAGGGAGACGGUGCAUCAGAUACACCUUAAAGAGGGAAUUGGUCCGAUCAAUGUUAGGCCGUACCGAUACCCACAUGUAAUGAAAGAUGAGAUCGAGCAGCAAGUUUCGGAGAUGCUCCGAUCGGGGGUGAUCCGUCCGAGCCAUAGCCUGUACUCCAGCCCAGUAAUUUUAGUUAAGAAAAAAGAUGGCAGUUGGCGUUUCUGCAUAGACUACAGAGCCCUGAAUAGAGCGACGGUGUCGGAUAAGUUUCCCAUACCGGUGAUAGAAGAGCUGUUGGACGAGUUAGGGGGGGCUUCCUAUUUUUCUAAGGUGGACUUGAAGGCCGGGUACCACCAAAUCCGCAUGGCCGAGAAGGAUAUCGAGAAGACGGCGUUCCGCACACACCAGGGACAUUACGAGUUUGUCGUGAUGCCUUUCGGGCUCACCAACGCGCCGACAACAUUCCAGAGCACUAUGAACCAUCUCUUCAAGCCCUAUUUGCGGAAGUUUGUGCUCGUAUUCUUCGACGAUAUACUGGUCUACAGUCGAACCUGGGAGGAGCACUUGGAGCACGUUGGGAAAGUCCUGUCAACACUGAGACGGGAUCAGUGGGUGGCCAAUCGGAGGAAGUGUGAGUUCGGGCAAACCCAAGUCAAAUACUUGGGACACAUUAUCUCUCACAAAGGCGUGGAGAUGGACGAUGAAAAGAUAAAGGCGGUGGUGGACUGGGAACGACCAAAAUCAGUGAAGAGUGUGAGGGGAUUUUUGGGUUUGUCGGGGUAUUAUCGAAGGUUCAUCAGGGACUACGGCAAAAUUGCCAGGCCUCUAACGGAUCUAUUGAAAAAGGGAGGAUUUACCUGGAAUGAGAAAGCAGAGGAGGCAUGGCAAACGUUGAAGACAGUCGUCACGACAGCCCCGGUAUUGUCCCUCCCAAAUUUUCAGCAACCCUUUCACAUUAAGUGUGAUGCGUCGGGCAAAGGGGUUGGCGCUGUAUUGAUGCAGGGGAAGAAGCCGAUAGCCUUUUUCAGCAAGGCCUUAUCUGAAGGAGCUCUCAGCAAGUCCAUUUAUGAAAAAGAACUGAUGGCUCUGGUAUUAGCGAUCCAGCACUGGCGUCCUUAUCUUUUGGGACAGAGAUUCAUAGUCCACACUGACCAGAGGAGCCUCCGGUAUCUCUUGGAGCAGCGUAUCACAACACAUAAUCAACAAAAUUGGAUAGCUAAAUUGCUGGGAUACGAUUUUGAAAUCAUAUAUAAGGUGGGGACUACCAACCGAGUGGCAGAUGCGUUGUCCCGAAGAGAUGAGGGGGUGAACGACGAAGAUAAGGAGUUGUCGGUGAUAGCCAGGCCCUAUUGGCAAGAUUUCGAAGAAGUAAUGAAGGAGGUAGUCGAGGACGAGAAACUACGUAAGGUGAUAGAAGAGAUAGAGGUGGACCCAAAUUCUCACCCAGCAUACACGAUAGAACAUGGAAGACUGCACUACAAGGGGAGGUUGGUGUUGUCGGCGCAGUCUUCGUGGCUACCAAGAUUGAUGGCAGAGUUUCACCUAACGCAGAUGGGGGGUCAUUCAGGAGUUUACCGGACAUAUAGGAGGAUAGCUCAGUCCUUAUUUUGGGUGGGGAUGAAAAAGGACAUUACAGAGUUCGUGGCUAAAUGUCUUGUGUGCCAACAACACAAGUAUUUAGCGUCAUCACCGCAAGGAUUACUACAACCCUUGCCCAUUCCGAAUGCAAUAUGGGAAGAGCUUAGCAUGGAUUUCGUGGUGCGGCUGCCUAAGUCUCAGGGGUACGACGCUAUUUUGGUGGUGGUGGACCGACUGAGCAAGUAUGCCCAUUUCAUACCACUCAAGCAUCCUUAUUCGGCAAGGACGGUGGCUGAGAUUUUUCUAAGAGAAGUAGUACGAUUGCAUGGGAUUCCAAAAUCCAUCGUGACCGACAGAGACCCUUUGUUCUUAAGCAUGUUCUGGAAUGAAUUGUUCAAAGGCCAAGGGACGCAGUUAAAAAUGAGCACCGCGUAUCACCCGGAGACGGACGGGCAGACAGAGGUGGUGAACCGGGUGUUAGAGGGAUAUCUCAGGUGUUUCUGUUCAGAGCAGCCGAAAGGGUGGAUGACUGUGUUAUCGUGGGCGGAGUUUUGGUAUAACACGUGCUAUCAAGGGGCAAUCCGAUGCACCCCUUUUGAGGCUGUUUACGGGCGAGCACCUCCCUCCUUGCACAGAUUCAUUCCUGGUGAAUCUCUAGUGGAGGCUGUGAAUCAAGAGCUUCAAACCAGGGACGAAGCUUUGAAACAAUUGAAGUUUCAUCUUGAGCGCGCGCAAGAUCUUAUGGUGCGACAAGCUAAUAAAAAGAGGAGGGUUGCGAACGUGGCAGUAGGGGACUGGGUGUAUUUGAAGAUACGACCCCAUAGGCAAUCCUCGAUGCCUACCAGACUCCACCCAAAGCUAUCAGCCAGAUACUUUGGGCCGUUUCGGAUAAUUCAGAUGGUAGGGGAGGCAGCCUGUAAGCUGCAGUUGCCAGAGACAGCUCGAAUACAUCCUGUGUUCCAUGUUUCACAGGUGAAAAAGGCAUUAGGAGAACAUCAGGUGGAGAGGGAGUUACCACCGGACCUGCAGGCAGAGGGGCCUUCGUUUUGGCCCAUGAAAAUUUUGGGAAGGAGGCAGAGGACCGAAGAAGGAAGAAGUGUGCAGCCGGUGCUGGUCGAAUGGCAACAAGGAGGGCCAGAAGGGGCCACUUUGGAAGAUGAAAUAACAAUCAAGGAGCAGUACCCUGAUUUCAACCUUGGGGACAAGAUUGUUAACGGGUACUUACCUGUUGAAGAGGGUUAUGCCUCUGGGUGCUGUUUGUACAAACCUUUUACUGUGAAUACAAUUGAUUUCUUCCAAUCUUUCUGUGUUUCUUGGAGUGAAAGUGAGAAUUGA